AUGACCGCCCCUUCGUCUCCUCGGCCUGUCAGCCUACAUUCCGAUGAAGCUCCCCGGCAGCCUUGCCUACCGGCCCCUGUUCCCUCCUUGGCCCCAGGCUCGACCCCUUCGGGCCCUUCUCCAGAUAGUACCCGUUAUUUCCAGAGCCCCCCGUCUCGACACCGUCGAGUAAACACCGAAUACAUUCCCCGAGCACCUCUAUUCGAACAGGGACUGGACGCGACCCGGGACGAUCCAUCCGCCCACAGCCCUUUCCCACCACUGUCCUGGACAGACACCCUCAACAAACGGAAAGCGAGAGUCUUGUCGGACUGGUUUCAGGGGAAGUCGGAAUCGGUGGAUUUGGGAAACUUCAAGCUGCGCGCCGAGGAUAUCAACCCGGACCGGACCACAACCAUGGACGCUACCCGUCUCACCCCAAACUCCACGCUGCUAUCUCGAAAGAAAUCGGUCUCGCCCACGCGUCGGUUCUCAUUCUUCGGCCUGCGCCGGCAAUCAGAGGCCAAGCCAGGACUGCCAGCGCCCGUGGACGAUGAAUUCCUCAACCUCGAUAUUGACGAGGCCCUCGCGCCGGACGCGAACGCGGCGAGCAGCGAGGCCGCAUUAGACUCCCUGCGGGGCCAGGCCGACUCGGUAAUCCGACGGAUGCAGGAGGCCUACAAGCAGCGCACGUUCGCCUUGCACCAGGCCCUCAUCGACAAAGACGAGAAGCAGGAGGAACUCGUCGAGACCCGCGCGCUGGUCGAGCAUUUGAGGAUGCAGCUGGAUGGGAUGGCCGCCAAGGCCCUGGAGCAGGAGAAAGCCAUGCAGGCCAUGGCUGAGGAACUGGAGGAGGAGAGAUGUCUCCGGCAACAACAAGAUCAACAACAAGAUCAACAACAAGAUCAACAACAAGAUCAACAACAAGACAUCACGCCGAGCACAACACGGACACGGUCCGCCGACGACGACAUUCCUUCCAUCGCCCUUCAAACCCCUCAGCGCGGUGGGAAACGUGCCAGCCACGGUACCUUCACGAGCGACUCCGGGUUUGAGUCGGGGGACAAUGAGAGCGUUGCCGACAGUAUCUUCUCUCAACGCGAGGGGAUCGAAUCUCCGCCUUCUACACUCGUGGCAGCGUCGCCAAAUAUCUCGCAGGUUGCUCUUCCUACACCUAAACCUGUCCCAUCUACGGCUGCACCCGGCCCGGCACCAUCACCAACCCCAAGACCUGCGCGCACCUCGACUUACGACCGCGUGAAAGGAUUUGCCUCGACGCGACUCGGCAAUUUGUCUGGCCACUCAGCCCAGUGUGGCAUUUGUCACGGCGUUCCGGCUUCCGAGGCCUGGAGUGUGAUGGGGGUGCUCAAGGACGAGAACCGGGGUCUGAAGACGCGGUUAGGCGAACUCGAGCUGGUGAUUGAUGACUGUCUGGGUAUGGUUGGGCCCUGA